CAAGCAACUACGCACAACCACGCACAACUGUAGACUUGUUCUUCUCCCGAUCUUCUUUUUACGAGCUCUAGAGUCUAGAGAACUCGGAUGAAUCAUUUAAGUAUCAACAUCGGAAAUGAGAGAGAGAUAGAGGGAGAGGAAGAGAAAGAUGAGGAAGAGGAUGAGAGAAAUAGAAAAACAGAAAACACAACAUAACAGGAUGAACGAAGUCACGUUGCCUCCUUCACCAAAUUGGUAUUUGAGCAAUAUCUUUGCAUGCUCGAGACGUGGAACUGUAGCAUGGGGUGCAAGGAACUUUAUCGUCAUUGCCCGGCCAAAAGAGAAUAAUGUCAUGCAGUAUUCUAUAGUCAAAGACUACUUUAAGGAUAAAGUAACCACAUUGGCAUUUUGUCCUAAACUGGACAGCCCGGAUAGUCCAGAUUUAUUGAUUUGUGGUGGUGACGAUACAAAAGUCAGGGUUUUGAAUGUAGAUACAUUAGAGUUGAUGGCAGAAUUCUCUUUUGCUAAUGAAAGCAAAUUGACCGCAGGGGUUGAUUGGUCAGUCAAAGAUAAUAAUCUUGCAUGCGCCGUGAAUUCAGAAGGUUUUCUAAUGUACUGUAACAUACGGGAUAAGACUUCAAAAAUAGUAUUUUUGGGAAAACUAAUUGCUACAUGUUUAGCUUGCUGUCCUCAUGACUCUAGUCUUGCAGCGAUAGGGACAAAAACUGGUCUAGUUUAUAUUAUCCGAUAUCAUUCUAUUGUCCAAAAAGAAACGAUAUUAUAUAAAAUGAGAGGACAUAACGAAGAAAUAGUCAGUCUAUCAUGGUGUCCUUCGGAGAUGAAUGUGUUACAGGAAGGAACUGAGAAAGAUUUACUUUUAGCUUCUGGUGGGAAGGAUAGAUCUGUAUUUAUUUGGAGAGCCGGUAGAGAUGGCAGAUAUGAGACUGUACUAAACUUGCCAUAUAUGCCAAUCUUAUCUUCCUCACAUAAAAGCAAGCUCAAUAGUACAAAUGGAACGUGGAUUGCGGUAUGUUGGAUAGAGCCUAAUAUACUUCUGACUAGCUCCCUUUGGGGUGAACUACUUUCUUGGGAUUUUUCAACAAACAAAAUCAAACCUGAAUGUAAGUUGUUCCAUUCGUUCCAUAGUAGAGGAUUGUUUUCCAUAGCUGCUGUACCCAACUACAAUACAGCAUCUGACGACUCAAAGACAGAUUCCGAGCUCAUGAUUUGGUCUUUGGCGCAAGAUCGCUGGAUUAUAGGUUGUAAACGUAAUAGCGAUCUUACAAAACCAGCGACCAUAGAGCAUAAGAUUCCUACGCAAGCAGGAUUCAUAUACUGCAUUAGCCCGUGUCCCAUUGAUACCUCGCGCAUUGCAUUUGGCGUAGGAGAUAUGAUGCUGCGUGUGUGGAAUUUAUCAGAACCUCACACAACAACUUUUGAUGUAGUUAUGCAAUGGCAAAUGAUAAAAGGCAAAAUAAGAGCGAUAUCAUGGUUCCCAGAGGAUGAAUCUACCAUUGCUUUUGGUACUGGAGAGGGUCGUGUUGGUGUAUUUGAUGCAAUUGGAACUAACAAAUCACCUAUAUUGUUCAGACAAUAUCACAGAAAUACCAUUUACAAGCUUGAAUGGGCCCAACUUGACUCGGAAUAUUAUUUGUUCUCUUGUGCAGAAGGAGAAUUAAUAGCUUACAAAAAAACUACACCAAACGAAGAACCUAUGCCUAUAAUAAAAAAAGGAUGUUUGGAAUUUUCUUGGAAAUCCAAUUUGUGCUUAGCAAUUGCGUUAGAAAAUGGGUCAAUUAUGUUUUAUGAUCAGAAACUGAAAAAACGCGGUACCUCGAUACACAUUUUAAGGACUAAGGUGAAUUGCCUAGUGUGGCAUCCUGAUAGUACGAUGACAGAUACAUGGAAGUCGCCGUUUGCCAGCUACUUGGCAGUUGCCUCUGAUUCGUAUAGCAUAAUGAUUUUUGAUAUGUCAAAGCUGUUAAAAGAAUUAGAAGUAACAGGUAUUGAGGACGUUAUAGAAAACGGCAAUGGUGAACAUGCCACAAUGCACAAGUUAGUAGCGACAUUAAACGGACAUUCUGAAAAAGUGGUGUGCCUAGCUUGGAGUCCGCAUAUCAGUGGGCACUUAGUGUCUGGUAGCUACGACAACAUUGCACAGGUAUGGAACGUUGAAAAAGAGGAAUUGAUGGGCACGUACAUGGGUCACGAAGGACCGGUGUUAUCCUGUUUGUGGAGUCCUCUUAAUUCACAGUUGAUAAUGACCGGUUCAUCGGAUUUCACGCUACAUGUAUGGAAUUAUACUUUAUCAGCGCAAUCGCCAAAACAACUUUCUGACAUUAAGGCUGAUAAGAAAAAAAAUAAACAGAAAAAGAGCCCGAAAAAUAAGACGAAUGUGCUGAAUGAUUGUGAAAAUAAUAUGACUACGCCAAAUUCUGUUAGUCAAUCUACCGAAGUAACUAUUUCAAAACAAUCGAAGAAAAAAGAAAAAAAGUCAUAUUUCCCUAAGUAUAACACAUUAAUAAACGAUAAGUCUCAAAUCUUGAAUUUCAUCAAGAAUGAUAUAAGAAGGAACCAAACUGAAGAAAAUGACGAUAUCCCCCACUUAUUUUCCAAAAAGGAAAAUGAUUUGUGUACAAUGAUUUUUCAAGAAACACACGAAAAUUUAGAUACAACUACCGAGAUAAAUGUGUGGUGUAAUGAGUUGAAAGAACACCUACUCGAUGCAGCCACACAUAAUAAUUUAAAUGACUUUUUAGUAUCGCUUGCACCUAGCGUCUCUAUGAGCAUGUGGAAAGAUAUGUGCGAGGCAUAUGCGCGGCAAUUAAUAGAGGAAGAUAAGCCAGAAAGAGCGGUGUCAUACUUACUAAGUAUACACAAAAUUUACGAAGCUUUAGAAGUAUUUUUAAAUGCUAAAAUGUUCAAGGAAGCUUAUGCACUCGGAAGAUUGAAAUUGGAUUCUGAUGACAAGUUUCUAGAUAAAAUAUUACAACUUUGGGCGGAAUGGGCUGCCCUUAAAGGUCAAUUUGAACAAGCAGCUCAAUGCUAUGUAAAGUUGGGACAGUUUGAAGAGGCAGCAGCGAUUCUUUCACGCCGAAAAGACUUAUACUGUUUAGAGAUAGCGUCAGAAUUGGCGUUUUUAAGCGGUAACGAGAGUUACGGUAUAUCUUUAGCUGUGGACGCGAUGACGCGUGCUCUAGCGAAGUCAGACUGGUCGAAAGCACGUUCCCUUAUUGCGGACAUUCGACAAGUUCAGUAUCUGAAUGUACACAUAGAUACUCACGAGGCAAUUAUGAGCACAUAUUUAGAGCAGACUGAAUUAGACGUGAUGAAAAUGUGGCUGGAAGGAAGGGAAAGUAGCAGUGUGUUACAAACUCUUAAAGAAAAAUAUGGUACCUCUUAUUAUGAUGCUUUACGCAAAAAAGAUGAUACCAACUUUGUUGGUAUGAAAGAUAUAUCGAAUGAAAAAAUGAUGGAAAUAAAUAUGAGUUAUCAAAUUGCUUUGGCGGCCAUGUGUGAUGAAAAAGAGACCCAAUUGAAACAUUUAACAACAGCAUUAAGUAGUGUGUUCGAAUUCGAAAAAAAAGCUGUACAACACGGAACGAGUAAAGGAUUCUUCACGUAUGUUCUCACGAAACUGGAUACUAAGAAACCAACGGAUGAAUGUAGUAUUUUCGAAAAGAACGAUUAUCCUCUGUCACAAAGUAUACGCGCUUAUUUAUGUAUCGGACUCUUGAAUUGGUUAUCAAAAUAUUCGGAACAGUUAUCGGUUGAAGAAGAAACGCAGUUUAUGCAGUUGGUAUUAAACUUGUUACAUGAUAAUGUAAACGAAACAAAUCUAGUUCAUCAGGAGAACAUAAAAUAUGAAGAAUUAAAAAACAGUAAAAUAUAUCAAGAUUUUUUACAUAAAUAUUAUGAAUGAUAUGCUUUACAUUAUAAAUUACUUUUAUAUAUUGUUUAUAUAAAUCAUGUAUAAAAUACAUUAUAAAAAUACAUUUUUUUUCUAUGCAUACAAGUGUGAAGUUUCAUCUCCAAGAUAUAUCUCAAAGUUUUAUACAUACAUAUGUAUAUACGCAAGUGUGUGUGUGUGUGUGCGUGCGCGCGCGCGCAAAUAUGUAUGUAUAUAUAUGUAUAUAGAAACAUUUAAUUCUAAUUUACCACAUGUCUGUAAUAAGAGAAUAUGCUUGGAUAAAAAUUUUAUUUUAAU